AAAGAAGUAACGAUGAGUUUGGAACUUAGACUGGUAAUAGCUCUUUGGCUUAUCUGGACCACAGCCGCCGAGAACUCCACGGAUGGUGGUCAGGAUGGUCGGAUUGUCGGCGGCUGGGAGACGCACAUCACCUUCUUUCCGCACCAAGUGUCCCUGCAGUUGGGCACUCGCCACGCCUGUGGUGGAACCAUCUUUUCGCCCACCAUCAUCUUGACUGCGGCCCACUGUGUGCUGGAGCACAGCAAACCGCAAUAUUAUGUGAUCCGAGCCGGGUCUACUGAUUGGUCCAAGGGAGGCAGCUAUAUUCAGGUCCACCGCAUUAUACCGCAUCCCAAGUUCCACGAGCCAACGAGGAUGAACAACGAUAUUGCUAUUGUUCAACUGCAGCAGCCGCUCGUCUAUAGCCGGGAAAUUCAACCCAUUGGCCUGGCCACCAGUGAGGACAGGAUUCAGCCGGCGGCCCAGCUUUUUGUCAGCGGAUGGGGUAGUAAGGCGAUCUCACAGAUGCAGUCGGAGAAGCGUCUGCGUUACACAGUUGUCCAGCUAAGGGAUCAGGAUCAGUGUGCCAGGAACUAUUUUGGAGCUGGCUCUGUGACCAACACCAUGUUCUGCGCGGGAACUCAGGUGGGCGGGAGGGACAGCUGCCAGGGAGAUUCAGGAGGACCACUAGUCACCUCCAUCAAUGGCCAGAUGAAGCUGUACGGCAUUGUAUCCUGGGGCUUUGGCUGCGCCAAUGCCAUGUUUCCUGGAGUUUACACAAAGGUUCCCGCAUUUGGUGACUGGAUAGCGCAGACAACGGGGGAGCUGGGUCUAGCUUAAUUUCUCUUAAAACUAAUUCUUUACUACCUAUAAAAUAGUAGAUAAAAUCACGGAUAUAUCUAAGUUAUCACGUAGUAAUAAGAUUUACCUCCUCUGUAAAUUACACCUUUCUAACGCUACAACUUGCUAAUUCUCAAGUUCAGAUGACUAACCGAAAACAUAAAAUAUUACUUAUCGAACAACAA